UCUCCAGCUCCAGCUGCCUCUCUCUGCCUCCUUCGUGGCGCCAUGAGGCUGUGGGCGCUGCGCCUCCCCCGCCUCCCCCGGAGCCCCCUGGGCAGCCCCUCAGCCCCAGGCACCCAAGGGGCCACCAGGGCAAGCAGGGGGCCCAGGGCCUUCCUGCUUCAGGGGCCUGCUGCCAGGAGCCCCCUCUCCUCCUCCUCUGCCUUCCUGAGCGCCCGGUGGAUCAGCAGCAGCACCAGGGCUCUGGGCUCCAGCUCCAAGGAAGCAGCUCCUGGCUGGGCCUCCAGAGAUAUCAUUGAGAGCUCAAAGAAAACCCUGAAUUUAUUGCAGAAGGAACAUCCUGCACUGAAGCCAACACUCUCAGUUGUCCAGGUUGGCGAUGAUUAUUUGGGGCAAGAAACAGUCAUAAACAUUGCUGAAGAGAUUGGUUUGAAUAUUGUUCAUAUUCGUCUUCCACAUGACUGUACUGAAAUGGAGGUCAUAGAAGAAAUCAUAAAGCUGAAUGAGAACCCCAAAAUCCAUGGCCUUCUCCUUCACCUUGCCAACAAGUCAUACACAAGCAAUAUAAUGAAUGCCAUAAAGCCAGAGAAAGAUGUAAAUGGAGUAACAGAUUUUAACUUGGCAAGGUUAGUCCAUGGAGAGAUGCAACAUUGUGUGGUUCCCCCCACUGCCAGUGCUGUGAUCAAGAUUCUGGAAAAACAAGCAUGUACCACUCUAGAUGGAAAAAAGGUGUUACUUUUGGGAGUUGAAGGACCGUUGGAAAUCUCCUUGCAAUGCCUUCUUCGAAGAAAAGGAGUCACAACUAUCAGCUGCCCCUGGGAAAUGAGGCAACUUCAGACUCUGCUUCAUGAUGCUGAUAUGGUGGUAGUGGGCAGUACCAAACCUAAAGAGAUUCCAGUUACUUGGAUGAAUCCUGACAUAACCACAGUAGAUUGUUCACAUGACAUUUUAUGGGGACAGAAUGGUUCUGGUGAACAUCUUACAGGGCCCAACAACCGCACUCCAAGUGAGGCUAUAGGUCAGCUGUCAGUGGCCAUAUGUAUGCAGAAUUUGAUAAAGAUCACUGAGAGACUGAUACAAGACCAGCAAUAUAAGAAAUGGAAUCUCCGUUGCUUGAAACUACAACCCCUUUCACCUGUUCCCAGCGAUAUUGAGAUUUCCCGAGGACAGAAUCCAAAAGUUAUUGAUGUACUUGCCAGGGAGAUAGGGUUGCUCACAGAUGAAACUGAAAUCUAUGGCCAAACCAAAGCCAAAGUACGUUUGUCCCUGCUGGAACGGUUGCAAGAUCAGCCAGAUGGAAAAUAUGUGUUGGUUGCUGGGAUUACACCAACCCCUCUUGGAGAAGGGAAGAGCACUGUGACAAUUGGUUUGGUUCAAGCUUUAACAGCCCACCUUAAAACAAAUUCCUUCGCCUGCCUGAGACAACCUUCACAGGGACCUACAUUUGGUGUUAAAGGUGGAGCAGCAGGGGGUGGAUAUGCUCAAGUCAUACCAAUGGAAGAGUUCAACCUUCACUUAACUGGUGAUAUUCAUGCCAUUACUGCAGCAAAUAACUUGCUGGCUGCUGCCAUAGAUGCUAGGAUUUUGCAUGAAAACACUCAGUCUGACAAGGCCUUAUAUAAUAGAUUGGUUCCAUUAGUUCAUGGAGUGAGGAAUUUUUCAGCUAUACAGCUUGCACGCUUGAAAAGAUUAGGAAUAACCAAAACAGAUCCUGACACAUUAACAACAGAUGAAAUUAACAGAUUUGUCCGCCUUGACAUAGACCCCUCUACAAUAACAUGGCAAAGAGUGAUGGACACAAAUGAUAGAUUCCUUAGGAAAAUAACAAUUGGACAAGCAAAUACAGAGAAAGGAUUUUCUCGUCAGGCUCAGUUUGAUAUAGCUGUUGCAAGUGAAAUCAUGGCAAUCUUAGCACUUACCAGCAGCCUAUCUGAUAUGAAAGAGAGAAUGGGAAAAAUUGUAGUUGCUAACAACAAACAAGGGCAACCGGUGACCGCAGAAGAUUUGGGAGUAACUGGUGCUCUGGCAGUCCUGAUGAAGGAUGCAAUUAAACCAACGCUGAUGCAGACCUUAGAGGGCACCCCAGUUUUUGUACAUGCUGGGCCUUUUGCCAAUAUUGCUCAUGGCAGUUCUUCAGUUUUGGCCGAUAAAAUUGCCCUGAAACUGGUUGGCGAAGAAGGAUAUGUAGUAACUGAAGCUGGUUUUGGUGCUGAUAUUGGGAUGGAGAAAUUCUUCAACAUCAAAUGCAGAGCUUCUGGCUUGGUUCCCAGUGUGGUUGUGCUUGUUGCUACAGUGAGGGCUUUGAAGAUGCAUGGAGGUGGGCCAAAUGUAACAGCAGGUGCUCCUCUUAAGAAAGAAUAUACAGAAGAGAAUCUCAAGUUGGUGUCUGAUGGUUGUAAUAAUUUACAGAAACAAAUUCAAAUUGUACAACAUUUUGGUGUUCCUGUUGUAGUGGCUCUAAAUGUUUUCAGAACGGACUCCCCUGCUGAGAUUGAUUUAGUCUGUAAGACUGCCAAGCAGUCUGGAGCUUCUGAUGCAGUGCCUUGCAGUCAUUGGUCUGACGGGGGCAGAGGAUCUGUGGGAUUGGCCCAAGCUGUAAUGAAAGCUGCCAGUCAGCCAAAUCACUUCAGAUAUCUGUAUGACCUGGAGCUUCCCAUCACUGAAAAAAUAAGAAUCAUAGCACAGAAAAUCUAUGGAGCUCAGGACAUAGAGCUGUCUUCUGCGGCACAAUCGCAAAUAAAUCGCUAUAGUCAACAGGGUUUUGGAAAUCUGCCAAUUUGUAUGGCAAAAACUCACUUGUCCCUGUCCCACAUGCCUGAGUGGAAAGGUGUUCCCACUGGUUUCAUUCUGCCUAUCAGUGAUGUGAGAGCCAGUAUUGGAGCUGGCUUUAUAUAUCCAUUGGUGGGAACGAUGAGCACUAUGCCAGGAUUGCCUACAAGGCCUUGCUUCUAUGAUAUUGACCUCGACUCUGAAACAGAACAAGUUAAAGGAUUGUUUUGAACAAAAGCACAAAGCAUGGUAUUAGACUUACGGUGACUUCCAUGUUUUCUGGAGUAGGAGGCAAACAUCAGUUUGAAGAAUGCCUGCAACUUACAACAUGUCUCUGGAAGAAUACUAGAAUAGAACACAACACAAAAAAAUAAGCUCACCUCUGAAGCCUUUUUGUAAUGAAAAGCCAAAGCAAGAACAACAGCAGAAUCAACACUAAAUGAUUUAUUCUCAAGCAUAAUAUAAAGGGAUAUUUUGCAAGGCAUUCAUUUGCCUGCACAUUGAUCUCUCCAAAAGAUGUGGGGAAUGAGGAAGUGAUCAGAAAAAGGUGUAAUAAGGAGUAACAAAGGGGAUAGAAAAAAUUUAGAGUACAAGCUGUUUUCUCUUUCAGCUAUUUAAUCCAAAUGGUAGUCUCCACUCUGUCAGUUCAGAAAAUCAAUAUUAAAAGUAUAUUGCUGCUUGA